AUGGAAGUGCAGACGCAUGAUGAAGGGAAUGUGACCAGGAAUUGUACAAGCCAAGGGUGGACAGAUGUGUACCCUGCACCGUACGCCCUAGCCUGUGGAUAUGAUUCCAACAGCACACGAGAGGAAGAGCAAACGACAUCAUUCUACGGAACAGUGAAGACUGGCUACACCAUUGGAUAUACCUUAUCACUCAUUGCUCUUACAGCUGCUAUGAUCAUUUUAUGUCUCUUCAGAAAACUACACUGUACUCGAAACUAUAUUCACAUGCAUCUCUUCAUGUCCUUCAUAAUGAGAGCUAUUGCAGUCUUCAUAAAAGAUGUCAUCCUUUUUGAGAGUGGAGAGUCUGAACACUGUUUUGAGAGCUCGGUCGGCUGCAAAGCCAUGAUGGUUUUCUUUCAGUACUGCGUCAUGGCCAACUUCUUCUGGCUGCUUGUGGAAGGCUUGUAUCUUCACACCCUGUUGGUCAUCUCCUUCUUUUCAGAGAGGAAGUACUUCUGGUGGUACAUUUUGAUCGGCUGGGGUGCCCCUUCUGUGUUCAUCACCGCUUGGACUGUUGUCAGGAUUUACUUUUCCGAUAUUGGGUGCUGGGAGGACAUAAUGGAUUCCCCACAUUGGUGGAUCAUUAAAACUCCUAUUUUGUUGUCUAUUUUGGUAAAGUAUCAGUACAUUCUGCUGACCGAAAAGCCCUUUUUUACAUGGGGAGGGAG